GAAAACAUUCGCAGUACCAACAAUAACAGCAGCAACAGCUCGUGAACAAAAGGCUUCGCGGAAGCAGGCUCACUCUAGGUUUUCAAUGGAUACAGAUAUUCCGGAACUUUCGGACGAAGCCGAGGAACAACACGUCAAGCUCGAGAACGGAGACGAGGUAACCCUCCCUCCAAGAACACGCCUAGUGACUACAACCGACGUGCAGCAAGGCAACACAGUAGUGCAAGUGCCUGUAUCCUUACCAGUCGGUACACUGAUCGGUGGCGCAACUUUCAACGUGCUCACUUCGGACCAGAUACAGCACUUCAAACCAAUGAUCUGUGUCGACAACAACGGUUUCGUCUCGAGCAGCACAGUCGUCGGUGAUCUGGGGGGCGAACUGAAGCCAACACAUAUCGUUAUCCAGCAGCAGAGCGCCGACCAGGUAAAUCAGACCGUGCAAGACGACCAACAGCAGCUAGUUGACGGCCAAUCGCAGAACCAAUCGCAGGGAUCACAAUCCUCGCAGGAGUACCGCGUAGAGAAUAACAGCGCACUUGCGAAUCACCUGGCAAACGUGGAGAUACUACAAGUCCGAUGCAAAACAACCACCGGCGAGCUGUACAAAAGCCGGCUCGGUUCCGGUGGGCGAGGAAAGUGCAUCAAACAUAAAGACGGCUGGUACACCCCGAGCGAGUUCGAGAAUAUCUGUGGCCGUGGUUCUAGCAAGGACUGGAAGCGAUCGAUACGGUACGGAGGUCGCAGUUUGCAGACCCUGAUUGACGAAGGCAUCCUCACGCCCCACGCCACCAGCUGCACAUGUUCCGCCUGUUGCGAUGACGAAUCCGGAGAGACCGCCACGGGACCAGUACGAUUGUUUACACCUUACAAGCGUCGGCGAAGAAACCAGAUUGAACCGGAGCCACCACAGCUGGAGAAGAAGAAGCGUAUCAUAGUAAACAGUAGUAAUAGCGCGAGCACGACGUCGGGGUCGAACGCUGGAGUGGCAACCAAUGCUGGUGGUGCGUCAAACAAUAGUGCCAUCGUGCACUCCAACAAUGCUGGCUCCAUUAUUAACAGCAGUAAUGGCAAUACGGCAACUACAACCGUCACCAGCGUGGUAAAUAACUCCGCCGUUGCCCAUCAUCAUCAGCAGCAACAUCAUCACCAGUCACAGCAGCAACAAGUCGUUCAGGCCGCUCAAGUACAUGCCGCCACAAGACAACUUCAUCAGGCGACGGCUACGAUAAACGCAACGCCGAUUAUUACGAAUAAUACGAGCACCACCACGACCACUACUACCGUGAAGGUUGUCCAGCAACAACAGGAGCAGCAGCAACAGCAGGAUCUGCAGAAUGAUCUCGCCAUCGCAACCAAAGAAGAACCAUGGCAAGCGUUAACGGAAGGCAUUGAAAGUGCGACCGAGUACGUCGAUCAAACGGCUCAGUUACUGGCCGAUGCGAGCGUUCCGUUCGAGAAGAUGAAAACACUAUGCACGCAGAUGGCGAAACUAUCGCAGGAGUUGAGAAAGUGUAUUGGCGAGGCACAGGAAUUCCACAACCGCCAGAUCGAUUGUAUGCAGCGUGAACGGGACGCAGCAAUACUGACCGUGUCGCAGCUCGAGCAAGAGCAGAACAUAAAUAGCAAUUGCAUACCUCCGGGAUCGAUUCAUGCGAACAAAAAGUGCGCCAACUGCAACCGCGAAGCGCUGGCCGAAUGUUCUCUAUGCCGAAGAACGCCCUACUGCUCAACAUUCUGCCAGCGCAAGGACUGGAUCACCCAUCAGAACGAGUGUGUACGUAGCACCCAGGAGCCCACGCACCAAAUCAUGCUGAUAGUGGACGAGACGCAAUAGCCUUUAAUGUUCUAAUCGAGCCCAUCCUGUGCCGGGAAAAGCUGGUUGCAUUCGUGGAGCACGACGCAAUCGAUUGGGGUUCGAUGACAGGCAAGCGACGCUUAAAUUCCUGAUCUAUAUUUCACCUACCGCCACGGAUUAUUCUGCUAGCGUUCUCAGGUUGAAGUGUAAUAGAUUUUUCACGCAAGACUUCAACGUUGACCGCACUCUACCGUGAGGCAAUUCGUUGUUGAUGGCUUGUUCACUUUUUCGUUAGUUGCAAUUUACCUGCGAAGUGUUUCUCUGCUGUUUGUUUUAAAUUUUUUGGAUUCUUUUUAUACGUUUUUCCAAACGACGCCGCCGAUGGUCCGGUAGAAUUGCAUGGCGUGACGAAUUAACGUAAACGAUAUUGUGUAUAUGAGGAGUUAAAUGAGGGAUUAAGACUUACAUUACUUCCAGGUGGAAAGGGGAAAGGGGACGUGAGAGUGGGCGAUAACUUAACUGCUAACUCACGAAAGCAGUAGAUGUACUUCAGUCCUAAGCUGUACAUCCGAUACCCAUUUUCCGAAGGAAGGGUUCCCGGUGUAAAUAAUGCAAUUACGGCGGAUAAUAUAUUAUUAUACUAUUACGAUGAUCAUUAAUAAUAUUAUUCUAUUAUUUGUUAUUUUAGAUAAAUUGAUAUCAAUCGAACGGUUGUUUAUUUAAGUAGCAGAGAAUGUACUUUUUUUGUUGUUUCUCACAUCGCGCUAUGUACAAUAGGUAAACAUAUUUUUACGACUAUCUCAUAUUUCAAUCUGGACUCACUGAUGGAGAGUAUAGUUGAGAGAUAUCGGAUGAAACUUCGAUGCGUAGAAACAUCUAAGCGAACGGAGAAAGCAUUCAUUCGGCAAUCGUUAAGAUGAGUCUUUUCUAAUUCUAAGGACACUAAAUAGCAACGGAAGAGGAUUCUUCCGUUUCUAUACGAACUGGAAUCGCUAAAGGCAGUUUUAAAUUUUUGCAAUAUAUUUUUAUUUUUUUGUAACCGGUGUAUUCAUAAGAAUUUGGGCUUAACUACGCCAACCGAUUUGUCUUACGACAAACGGAAGGAACAGAGGAACCUAAGUGAAACAGAAGCAUCGCUUUAUCGACCGUCUGCUAGUUGUGCAAACUUUAACAAAAGUUUUUAAACCGGCGUAUUUCCCUCGUUUUUUUUUUUACUGUGGAUAACUGAAAUCUCUGUGGCGUGAGAUAAACAUACAAAACAGAAAGACUGUACGGUAGGGCUCGAUGGGGUGCGAAUUAGUGGAAAGUAUCAAGCGAUAGAGAUGAAAUCACAGACAAAUUGUUAGUUUACAGAAAGAUUAUGUAUGCGUUUGAAGAAAAUUAUGGAUAAAAUAGCAGUUGAAAUAAUUAUUUUGUUUGUUUUGUUUGUUUUCUUGUUCAUACAUUUCCAUUUGAAUCGUUUAUUAAUACAGUUCAAAGUGCAGUUCCAAAAAACGAAAAUUCUGUCUCGAAAAGUGACGAUAUUGCGUUAACGAAUACUUAAAUAAAUAAUAUCUUUUCAAAUUCAAGUUCUACCUAACCAAAUAUCUUGAUAGUACAUAUUCCUUUAAGUUAUACUAUGCUCACUGAACAUUCACUUUUCAACCGACGGAUUAAAUGCUUUUUCGCAGCAGUGUUCGACCGUGUCACUCCCUGUAUUUUCUUUAUGUUGCGCCAAUGGUUUUGUUUUUAUUUCUUCACUUAACUCGACACGCAAAAGGUCCUGCUUUUUAUU